UUCCUUUAUGCUAGUGUGAGAAGGGCUACUGCAAGACUCUUAGUAUUGUGAGGUAAAUACUAAAUAUUGAAUAAAAGUAUUGUUGGGCUUAUAAAUACAUGGUGUCAUACAUGUGCUCUUAAUUUGUAAACCUACUGAAUUUACGAUAAGCUGAUGGCGGGCAGAAAAAGAAGGAUGGUAGCACUGGCAGCAGGAGCUGAACAAACUGUGACGUUUAAUAAACACUACGAGCGGACGGAGCUGAAGUCAAAGGACUCACAAACCGGGCUAACAAAGCAGCUUAGUCGGGGUGAAAAUGCUCAGAGUGCUGAGGCGGAACGGAGUCGUUAUUUCACCAAGAAUGGGCUGCAGCACAGACUGGGAGAGGACUUCUUCAAGCAGCCUUGCAUCAGUUUGGCUAAAGCCUUCCUCGGCAAGGUGCUGGUCCGCAGGUGUGCAGAUGGUACGGAGCUGCGAGGGAAAAUAGUGGAAGCUGAAGCUUACCUUGGAGGGGAGGACAAGGCCUCGCACUCAGCGGGAGGAAAACGCACUGAGAGGAACACAGCCAUGUUUAUGAAACCUGGCACAAUCUAUGUGUAUCCAAUCUAUGGCAUCUACCUUUGUAUGAACGUGUCCAGUGAAGGGGAGGGCGCUGCUGUAUUGCUACGCUCACUCGAGCCCCUGCAGGGUCAGCCCGUCAUGAGGCAGCUGAGGGCAGCCAGACGCAAAGAGGGAGCCCGUCAACUGAAGGACAAAGAGCUCUGCAACGGGCCUUCAAAGCUCUGCCAGGCUCUAAAUAUACCCCGAUGUUUCGACCGUCGAGACUUAGCCUCAGACCCAGAAGUGUGGCUGGAGAGCGAUCCCGACACAAGUCCAGCAAAAUCCCAAGAUAUAAUAUCAGCACCGCGCAUUGGAAUAGAGUCCCACGGGGAAUGGGCUAAGAAACCGUGGCGGUUUUAUCUACGUGGGCACCCCUGUGUUAGUGUUGUGAAUAAAGAGGCAGAGAGACAGCCUCAGUCUGGAAAUGUCAUGAACGAUUUAAGUCCCCAAGCCGUGAAGCCUGAUACAGGGCAGGACAAUGUCAAAAGGACUCAACAGGAAAAUUCCUGAAACUACUCUGCCAUCUGUUCUCUUUAUGGAGUUUAAACACUGAAGACGAAUAAAAACUUUACAGAUACAUGUUUGUUUUGCUGAGAUAUGUCUCACAGACUUUAAUUUUCUUUUUCUUUUUUUUAAAUUAUCCAAUUUUUUGAAUUUUGCUGUUCGGUUGCACUGGAGAGUCUAGAAUCAAGUUUCAUAUCUUGUGUUUUUCUCAACCAUUUAGUAGUAAGCUGCAGUUUAACACACUGUGUUCCAGGUAGCAGUGCAAAGUUGUACUGGAAAGCCGAUUGAGACAAUACUGAAGAACUAGACUCAGUUUAUUAGUGACUGUUUUUAAAUUUAAAAAAAAAAAAAAAAAGUUAGAAAAUCUGCCUUUACACAGUGACUUUGGUUUGGUUUCAUGUGUGAUUUUUAAUAAACAUUCACACUUGGGAAAUUUCCAUCUCAGUGAUUUCACAGAUGUUUGGACCGAUCUGUUUCCCUGAGAGCAGAAACAGUCUGUCUGAUGUUUAGACUCUUCCUUU